GCAAGAAAUGGGCAUUCUCGUUUUUCCUCGUUCGUUUCUCGUGAAACCACGAGUUUGUUGUUUUUUUGGAUUACGGUAGCGCUCUGAGAGAUCUCGAUCCCUCCCUGAAUCAUCGGAUACCUUGUUUGAAAUCGGAAUCUCCUCUUCUCAGGCUCCCGAUCGAGGUAGUUUUCUCUUUGAUCGGUUCAGAUUUCGAUUCGGGAGCUCCUAAUUCGUAAUUAGGGCUCCGUUCCAUGAAGAUUUUACUGAAUCGGGAUCAAAUUAGAGGAAUUAGGUUUUUUAGGAGGAGGAUCUAUUGUAGAAAUAUUGUGUGUUGUUGUUGUUGUUGAAGGUCAGGGUUUAAUUUUGUUUUGAUUUGGGAGAUCGAUCAUGAGAAUAGCGGAAUUGGGUCGUGAGGAUAACGGGAUUGAGGAAUCGAAGGGGCGAGAGAUUGUUAGGGUUAGAACGAAGAGAGCGCUGGUGGGCGCUGGAGCUCGGAUUCUAUUCUAUCCGACUUUGCUUUAUAAUGUUUGCAGGAAUAAGAUUCAGGCUGAGUUUCGAUGGUGGGAUCAAGUGGAUCAGUUUCUUUUGCUUGGUGCUGUACCAUUUCCUAACGAUGUUCCUCGCCUGCAACAACUUGGAGUGCGUGGUGUAAUUACCUUGAAUGAACCUUAUGAGACUCUGGUUCCAUCAUCUUUGUAUCGGGAGCAUGGGAUUGACCAUCUAGUAAUUCCUACGAGGGAUUACCUUUUUGCUCCAUCUUCUGUGGAUAUAUGCCGAGCUGUAGAUUUCAUCCAUAGGAACGCAGCCUGUGGGAGGACAACAUAUGUGCACUGUAAAGCUGGGAGGGGACGCAGCACAACCAUUGUUUUAUGUUAUUUGGUUGAGUAUAAGAACAUGACACCUGAUAUUGCUCUAGAAUAUGUUCGAGCAAUAAGGCCUCGCGUGCUACUUGCUCCUUCACAGUGGCAGGCUGUUCAAGAAUACAGCAAGCGCAAAUGUGAAUUCCCUGCAAUCCAAAGCCCUCCACCGACCAACUAUCCUGCAGCUGAUGCAGUUAUGGUAACUGAGGCAGAUCUUGAAGGUUACAUUACCUCUGAGCGUCAUCGGAAAACCCCCAGCGUGUCUGCAAGAAGAGUAUCUCGAUCGAAAUCUGCAAGGCUUUCCCCAAUUAAUUCUCUCACUGGAGACGAGGUUCUAAUAACUGAUGCUGAUCUUGAAGGUUAUGGCUCCGAUGAUGAAGCUUGUAAAGCUUUGACUGUCUCAUCUUAUAGAAUUAUUCGUUCCAAGCCCAUGAUUUCUAGGCUAUCUUGCCUCUUUACUUCGUUGAAGCUAUCUUGCAGCUGUCCUCCAGUUUCGAGUCGGCAGCUUCCAGAGUUUGUGCUUGCUAGUUAGAAAGGCAUCUGCUAUAAGCGGCAUCUCUGUAUAGUUGUAGGUAGAAGAGGGAAGAGGAAAAGGCUAGGUUCCAGGAAUACAAGAAGUUUGUGCGUUGUCGAAUAAGAUGGGAGCAAAAAGAAACGCAGAGGUCAAAACCCGUAAGAGUUUCUGUGACUGGAUUCUGAAAAAAUCUCAUAAACGGUCGGUUUGUUGUGAAAAUUUUCCAAGUUGUCCGUUGUUUAAGUUAUAUGAUUUUCAAUCUUGAUCUUGUUCUUGUUUGGAACUUCCAUGAGCAAUUCUGAAAUUAGAAUUUGUUUUCGUUAUGCUGUGCGGAAUCUGAUGCCUCUGUGCUGCGGCGAAGAACUUGUAUUAUGUUGCUUGUUCCUUCUUUUUC